GGAGUUAUAAUCCCUGGAUCUGUUUUGUUCUCGGUUCUGCGCCUUGAAGUCGGUUAGCAGGCAGUAGUAUUUACUAUCUUGAUUUGGGGCGCGGGCUGUGUGCGGGAGGCAUUCUUCAGCAGCGAUUCGCAGUGAAGCUCGUCCGUGCCGAAGUCAUCGCCUUCCCCAUCGCAGCUGGGGUCUGAGUCUCACAAAAUGGCGAGUGGUCGAGACUGUGCUAAAGAGCAGAUAAAGCGCUGGCAGGAGCUGCGGGGCUUGCAGAAACCGGAUGCCUUGACCACAGGAGCAGGUAUCCCAGUGGCAGAUAAGUUGAAUGUCAUGACUGUGGGUCCGCAAGGCCCUCUCUUGGUUCAGGAUGUGGUUUUCACUGAUGAGAUGGCACACUUUGACCGAGAGAGGAUUCCUGAGAGAGUUGUACAUGCCAAAGGAGCAGGAGCUUUUGGCUUUUUUGAAGUGACUCAUGAUAUCACCAAAUACUGCAAAGCAAGCGUAUUUGAGCAUAUUGGCAAAAGAACUCCAAUUGCCAUUCGAUUCUCUACUGUUGCUGGAGAAUCGGGAUCAGCUGAUACAGUUCGUGACCCUCGAGGCUUUGCAAUGAAAUUCUAUACAGAAGAUGGCAACUGGGAUCUUGUGGGGAACAACACUCCCAUCUUCUUUAUUAGAGAUGCAAUAUUGUUUCCAUCCUUUAUCCAUACCCAAAAGAGAAACCCACAGACUCAUCUGAAAGAUCCAGACAUGGUAUGGGACUUCUGGAGUCUUCGCCCUGAGUCUCUACACCAGGUAUCAUUUCUGUUCAGUGAUCGUGGCAUUCCAGAUGGGCACCGUCAUAUGAAUGGUUAUGGAUCACAUACUUUUAAGCUAGUGAAUUCUAGCGGAAAAUCAGUGUACUGCAAAUUCCAUGCAAAGACUGAUCAGGGAAUCAAAAACAUUCCUGUUGAAGAAGCAGGAAGACUGGCAUCUGAAGAUCCUGACUAUGGCCUGCGUGAUCUUUAUAAUGCUAUUGCUAAUGGAAACUUCCCAUCUUGGAGUUUCUAUAUCCAGGUUAUGACAUUUGAACAAGCCGAGAAAUUUCCAUUCAAUCCUUUUGAUGUAACUAAGGUUUGGCCUCACAAAGGCUAUCCUCUUAUCCCUGUGGGCAAACUUGUCUUAAAUAGGAACCCUGUCAAUUAUUUUGCUGAGGUGGAACAACUUGCCUUUGAUCCAAGCAACAUGCCUCCAGGGAUUGAACCUAGCCCUGAUAAAAUGUUACAGGGUCGUCUUUUCUCAUAUCCAGAUACUCACAGACAUCGUCUGGGACCCAACUAUCUUCAAAUUCCUGUAAAUUGCCCAUACCGCGCUCGAGUGGCUAACUACCAGAGAGAUGGAUUUAUGUGUGUUUCUGACAACCAAGGUGGUGCCCCUAACUAUUAUCCAAACAGUUUUACUGGCCCAGAGGACCAGCCCAAUUUGAAGGAGCCCCGCGUACUUGUCUCGGGUGAUGUACAACGCUUCAAUAGUGCAAAUGAGGAUAAUGUGUCUCAAGUACGAGACUUUUAUACGAAAGUACUGAAGGAGGAAGAGCGUGAGAGGCUUUGUGCGAACAUUGCUGGCCAUCUUAAAGGUGCUCAGUUUUUCAUUCAGAAGAAAGCUGUGAAAAACUUUACUGAUGUUCAUCCUGAUUAUGGUGCCUGCAUUCAAGCCCACCUGGACAGAUUCAAUGCUGAAAGUAGUAAAAAGGAUUGUGUUCAUAGCUGUACACAAACUUCAUCCCAUGUUGCUCCAAUAGAAAGAUCUAAUCUGUAAAAGGCGUAAUCUAUGAUUACUGGUCCCAUCAAUCACUUUAUCCCAUAGAAUUUACAUCCGUCCAACUGGAAGAGGAGCCUUAACAAAUGUGGCAAUUCAUGUUUUUACAGAAGUCUCUUUAAUGGUGACAAUUGCAACCUGAAUGCUCUUGCAUUGUAUUUGUGAUUUAAAAACUGAAUUGAAUUAUAAACUUAUGCUUUGUAAUAUGAUCUGUCCAGACUGUUAAAAGCUGAAUCUAUGCUGGCAAUAACAUUUAAUUGGUUUGACUGAAGUAUGAUUGCAAUAACUUUUUAUCUACUUUUGCAAAUUAAUCAAAAUGUGUACUUUAAUUUUUGUUGUUGUAACUCUCCUUGCGCUCAUGUAUCCAAUAGAACAACAGCUAUAUGUUGAAACACAUAUUGCAUCAUAUUUACUUUAAUCUUCCUUUGGUGUAAAACAUAUAAAGAAAUAAACUCAACUUUUGAUCAUU